AUGGUGCUCCCGCAACCUGUGACAGCCGCUACAGUUGCUCUCACCCUUCUCUUGCUCCCGGGGGUUAUUCCAGCACUGACUGCUCCCCCAUCCGCCAACCUCCCCAUAUCUGGCUUAACUGCUGAAGUUCACAGCGACAACUCAGUCAUCUACUAUGGCAAGGGUGCGAAAGAACCAAUUCUCAUAGGAAAUGAUGCCAGUGCCGUAACUGGCGGCUGGAAGGCCUGGAAUCUUGCCAACAAUGGCACCCGUGGAUUUCUGCCGGAGCAGGCCGUUCAUGUUCACGGACGAACAAAAGUGGUCGGGGUGCUCUAUGAUGUUGGCGACAGGGAUAUUGUCAUUUCAAUUGCGGCCACGGACUCCGUCAUUCGUGUCUUUGAUGCGCAUCAGGCGACGGAGCUCCCUUCGAACCGAAAGGUGAUGUUGGGGGAUUGGUCUGCUCUGUGUCCGUGGCGGAGUCCUAAAAGUGGGACUCGGUUCUUUUAUUUGUUUGGGAAGAAGCAGGCGGUUCAGUUUAUUGUGAGGGAGAAGAAUAAUGCUAUUGACGUUCUUGAGGUCCAAACGUUUGGUAUUCCCGUAGAACCAAAUUCCUGUGCCAUUUCACCAGACGACUCAACAGUCUACUUCGCGGCUGAUGAUGACAAGUCUAUCUACAGCUUCAAAGCCGAGGACUCGACAUCCGCCCCUAAGGUCGACAUGGUAGGAAAAGUAGAGGAUGACAUCAACGGGUUGGCCGUCUACGUAGCCGUUUCUUCUAUUCACUUUCUGAUCGUCAGUGCUAAUACCAUCGGGGUAUACUCACCAAGGCUGGAGCUCCAAGGUUCACUGAAACUCACGGGAUUCGAAGAGCUUGAGGCUAAAGGGUUGUCAAUUUAUCAGAGCAAACAUGCAAACUACCCCGCUGGCCUAGUUGGCUUUGCUCUGAAGUCCAGUGCUGGGCAAUCAUUUGGUGUCAGCUCCUUGGAAUCAGCAUUUGCCGCGUUGGUCCUCGAACCCAACACGAAAUAUGACCCGCGAGCACCUGGAUUCCCGCAUAAAGAAAAUAAGAAGAACGGUUUCGGCAAUACAGAUGGCUCACUCUCUUGUUUCGCUGGAUUUACAGGCAAAGAUUGCUCACAGUUUACGUGCAAGAAUACCUGCUCGGGUCGUGGUCAAUGCGUCGGCCCCAACGUGUGCAAGUGCAAAGAUUCCUGGAGUGGGCCAGACUGUUCGUUUCUUCUUGUGAAUCCCAAGAGUGAAACAGAAGCUAACGGCGGUGACGGAGAUGACCCUGCGAUUUGGAUAUCCAAAAGUUCCCCUGACAAGUCGAGAGUCAUAACUACCAUCAAAUCCACUGAAGGGGCUGGACUGAGCGUAUUUGACCUCAAUGGGAAACACCUUCAACAUAUGAAGGCAGGAAACCCCAAUAAUGUAGACAUCAUAUACAGAUUUAAGGCUGGCAACAGAGAGAUCGAUCUCGCAUACGCAGCUUGCAGGAAGGACAACACAUUGUGCCUCUUCGAAAUUACCCCGGAUGGCCGCCUAGCCGAAAUCCCCGGCGGCAAACAACCAACGGAGCCGGACUACGGCGUCUACGGUUCCUGUGCCUACCGUUCCCGCACAACUGGUAAACAAUAUCUCUUCGUCAACUCCAAAAAAGCCAAAUACCUGCAAUAUGAACUUACCACCUCACCCAAUGGUACCCUAUCCACAACCCUCGUGCGCUCUUUUAGGGGUGGCUCCGGCACCCAAGUCGAAGGCUGCGUUGCAGACGACGACAACGGCCACAUCUUCAUCGGCGAAGAAGCCGCAGGCGUCUGGCGCUAUGAUGCCGAGCCUGACGGGUCCAAUGUCGGCACGGUAGUCGCGCGAGUAGGAGAUGGCACACUCUUCGCGGACGUCGAGGGCCUGGCAAUCGUUCCCGGCAAGAACCCAUCACAAGGUUUCCUAAUCGUCUCCUGUCAGGGGGUUAGCGCAUUAUCCGUCUUCCGCCGUGCGGCGCCGCACGAGCACGUCUUGACGUUCACGGUUGGACCAUCUGGCGACCGGUUGGUUGACGGCGUGACCAAUUCGGAUGGGGUUGCGGUUGUUGGAACGCGGCUGUCGGAUGAGUUCCCGCAUGGAUUGCUUGUUGUGCAUGAUGAUGCGAAUGAGUUGCCGGCGUCGUUGGGCGGUGGGACGGGGGUGUUGGCGAGUUUCAAGUUGGUUAGUUUGAAGGAUGUGUUGGGGAAUAAGGCGUUGGAGGAUUGUGGGCUUUGGGGGCUUUUGGAUGAGGUGGAUGAGAGGUGGGGGUUGGAUAGGGCGCCGCGGAGGGGGUGUAGGAGGGGGUAA